AUGAUCUUUGGUGACAUUGUGACUGAAAAGUACUACCUGCACCACUACCACAAGUGGAGAUACUCCAAUGGCAAGGCACAUGACUUUGAGACACACAUCUACACAGACAACAGCGCCACAGCAUUGAUGUCCUUUACCACUGACUCUUCUGUGUGUUGA